CCACAGUCUCCGGGCUUCAUUCAUAAACUCGGGCUGCCAUUAGGAUGAAAUAUAACGCGUCUUCAGGAGGUUCGUGCCAUUGGCGAGCGCCUAUAACGCGUCCCUCACACGGACAGCAUGAAUUAUAAAUAGGUGUCACACAUUCAAUGCUGGACCAUGAGUGAUGAGUCUCCAUUACAGACACGCCUGACCACCGAUGUACCGUUGGCAUCAGGUGCGCAGGAGAAAUACGUCCAUUUGCUGGUGCUGUUGUGUGUGUUUGCUGGCGGGAUAAUCUUCCUUCUGUCCAUCCUGAUCAUCUUCUGUCAUCGCUGCUGUCAACGACAGCGCAGACACUCCAGAGCCAGUGAGGAUCAGGAGAAAACUAACACCACGUAUAUAGAGGAGAGUCAACCAUCACAAGAUGUCACUAUCAGAAUGGACAGCGGUGAACCCGUCUCUACAACCAGUUUUCAUGGCGAUACAGAAGCCGAGCAGUUCCUGUCUGUGGCGUGCACGGCCCGCCGAGUGUCUUUCAAUGAGACCGCCAUUUAUGAGCAGAGCUCAAAAGACAAGGAGAGAGGUCGCAGAUACACACUCACAGAGGGUGACUAUCACCACCUGAAGAGAUCUCGUCUGACCCAUUCACACAUCCAGACACCUGUACUAAAGAUCGUCACUAUACUCGAGUGUGAACCACCUGAAAACAUCAUCAACAUCUCUGAUGAAUCCUCAAAUGAACCUUCCCUCGCUAUAUUUCAGCCUAGUGAAGGUCAAUCAUCAGACUCAUCUGUACUGUGGACAAACCAAAGCUCCAGCUGUGCUUUACCCGGAGACUCUCUGAACACCAGCGUCACCAACAGCAAACACUCCACAAAACCUCACCGAUCACAAACUCUGGAGAUGUUAAGCAGAAACGUGCCGCUGGAAGAAGACGUGUCCGGCAGUGGUUCAGGUUUGGUUCAGGGCAGCAUGUUAAACUUUCUUUCUAAACUCCGGCGUCACGCCAGUCUGGAAGGUGCCGCUCCCUUCUACGGCGUAAAGAAAUGGAGCUUUGACACCAUUCAGAGAGCAGCUAGUUUAGAUAUGAGAGGUUCUCCACGCAGACGUGCGUUUCAGAGGCAGAGAGCUGCCAGCGAGACUCUGGAUCCUGAGGAGGAUCAUCUGCAGGGUGGAGUCUGUGACUUUCUGUUGAGAAAGAGUCCGGCUCAGCCUCAGACGGAUCCGCCGAGACGUCUCUCCGCUGGUUCUCUGGAGCCCGGCGCAGGAACUUCACUCAGCAGGUUAGAGGUGAAGAGUGUAAUGGAGCUCAGAUACAACACAGAAGCAGAUCUUUCAUCACACGGGUCUGUGGAGAUGAAGAGCAGUGUGAAUGGAGACACCCUGAAGACUGCUGAAGAAUUUGGACCAGAUAGUUAUCAGGAGAAUUUUGAGCAGCCCAGCUUAUAUCGUGACAUCUGGAGUCUGAGAGCAUCGCUGGAGCAAUACGCCUCUUCUGACCUGAGCAGCAAUGACAGAGACUCCACACGCAGCGAUGCCGACAGUGUCUGCUCUGUCGGGGCUUCCAGAACGGGUGUAACAAGCUAUCAGUCACAAGACAUCGACGAUGAGAUGGACGGGGACAGUGAGCUGCCUUAUGACGAUGCCGGUAGGGAAUCAGGGAUGCAGAGAAAUGUACGGGACAGCAUGGAGUCGGAGAGAGGCGUAGAUGGAGAAACGACCAACAGGAAACUUUUGCAAAUGGACAGCGGUUACGCCUCUAUCGAGGCUCCUUGCAAACCUCCGGAGGAUUUUCGACUGUUUGGAAGCGCUUCUGGGAAGACCGCUUCAGAACGGCGGCGCUUUUUCACCAACGCAGGACGCAAAGGUACGGUGUGCGAGAGUUUUGAGGCGCGGCUGUUCAAGGAAGAGCUGGAGGACGAGGUGUCGGAUAGUGCAGAGGUUAAGGUUUCCCCCAGAAGUGUCCCAGAAGAGCAACCCACAGUCAAACCCCGAGCGCCCUUCCGUCGUCGAGACUACAGCAUUGAUGAAAAGACAGAGGCACUGUUUAAUGAAUUCUUGCGUCACGAUCCCCAGUUUGAUCAACAGGGGUCGCCCUCACUGAGACAUCGUCACCGUUCUCGCGUCCACCUGCGCAAACAGUGGCAGCGCAGUAAACAGUACAGUGACCCCGGGGCAGCGCGAUACUCGCCGUCACUGGAACGACAGCGCUGCUAUCCGCUGCGCAGAGGCGACAGCGCCAACUACCCUCUGGACACGCGAUACCACAGCACCUUGCCUCGCAUAGCUAGCGCUGCCGACGAGGAGACCAGCGAAGGAGCAGCCGGUACAGAAUCUCCUGAACCGGAAAACAGCGCUAUAAAACCUGAGGGUGCUGGUCCGUUCUCAGCAACUGAAAGUCCUGGUCCGGACCCGGAAGAAAACGCUAACAACAGCAGCAACAACAUGAGUUGUUAUUUCUCUUCUUCGCAUUCGCAGGGCUUUGAAACAACUGCCCAUACUGCAGAUGCACAUAAACAUUUAAAGACUGAGGUCAUGAGUUCUCUUAGUCAUUUGCAUUCAUACACAGACCCUGUAAACAUUCAUCAUACUCACCCAGAUCCAAUAGGUUCAGGCAACGUACAUCACAUCCUUACCGACACGAGCCGGUCAGACAAACUAGUGUCUGCGUUGGAUGAUCGGCUGUACUCCAACCUGAGGACUCCCAUAGGAAAUCAAGAGUGUGUAGUGACCGUGAGCCGCACCUCACCAGACCUGGGAGAAGAAUAAACACUUGUGUUAUGUUCACACAGGCUAUGUUCACACUGCAGUCAAAUAUGACCUGAAUCUUUUUUGGAUGACAGUUAAGUCAUGUAAUAAGAUGACCUAUUUGAUCAACUUAAAGUCACCAUGAAAAUAAAAUUAAAGGUGUAAUGUAUGUUUUAGCGACAUCUAGUGAUGAAAUUGUAACUCAAUUUCAAAAUGCAAAGAGAAGCUAUGGUAUCCGCCACAGGACUAAGUCUAAGUUCCUGUCAUCGUCUAAAACAACGUAGGAAUGAAACCUGCUUUGUUGAGUAAGUUGUCUUUGAUAGGGCUCUUAUAGAAACAUGAUGACAUGUCCCUACAUUUCUCAUUUUCGUUUCACUCGGAUAUAUAUUACGAUAUGGAAAAGAAAACGAUUGCUAGUUCUGUUUCAUGGUGACUUUUUGCAGUAUGAAUGUAGCCUGACGGAUUUACAACUUCUCACGAUGAACUUCAGAUUCAGGUAGCGUAUAUAUUGAGUCAAAACAUUACAUUACACUGUGAAAUGGGUCACAGCUGUUUGUGCUUUAAGAGGUCACAUUUAAACACUAUCAAAUAUCUCUCAGAAUUGAAUAUUUCUAUUUUAAGAGUGUCAUGGCAGCAUGAUUUAUAAUGUUGAGACAUUUGAUGAUUUACCUGGACCGUUCAAUUUACUGCCAUUGUCAUCACUUACAUGCAUCCCACAAUUCAUUGCUUCUCAUCUCAUUCGCUGCUUCCGAAAUUGAGUAUUGUGACAAUCAUACUUAAAUUAAGUACCUUUACAUUCUACAUACUGCAUAUGUGUGCAGUAUGAAUACAGUUUGGACAUACUGCAUCUGCCAUGAACGUCCUUUGACCUAUGAUGUAAUCACAACAACCGCGACCAAUUUACCUAUGUGUUGUUUAACAAGUACAAUUAAAUCGUGAGGAAUGCAUGUCUUGGUACCUAAAUCACUUAAAGAGCCACCUGGUUCAUAGAGCUGGCAGCUCCUUAGCCUCAUGGGAUAGUCAGUCCAUCAAAUGGACACUUAAAGGCUGCGUCCCAAAUGGCGCACUUCACAUUGACUUACAAUGGCAGUAGUGUGUAUGUGUCCGUUAAGUCCACAAGACUGUAUCACAUUGAACAUUUUAGGUUUGAAGAGGGUACUCAAGGGUGCCCACUUUUCAGUUGAUAUGCACCAUUGUUACACACUUUCCCCGCACUUAAGGUCAGCGCUUCACAGCACACUUAAGCUGCAUUCAGACUAGCAGCGACUAGCAGUAGCAGAGCGACGCAAUCUCAUUGAUUUCAAUGGAAGCUUGCCGACUUCCAACGACACAAGCAACAGUGACCGUUGGCGACUGGAUGGGGCAUGUCCAGUCGUAUGACAAACCUGAGAAAUGUUUACUUUAUGCAAAUUAUGAGUGAAUUUUGGGAGGGACAACAAAUUAUGGUCUGUUAAACCCAUUGGUUUGUGAAGAUAGUUUUUGAAGCUUAAAGUAGGAGUUGCCUGCGGGCACCAUCUUGGCUGCACGUCACCGCGAAUCACUCACGGAUAACCGAAAAUGGGUAAAGAGGCGGGACAUGGGUGAAGCUGAGGUGGCUGGUUUUAACUUCCAUUUUUACAUGGAGGUCUAUGGGAAUUGAUUCCCUUUUGGAGCCAGCCUCAAGCGGCCAGUCGAUGAAUUGCAGUUUAAGUCACUUACGUAUUGGCUUCAUCAUAGACCGUUUCUCAAUGUCAAGGAUACUUCCUUGGCAGGACUAGUCCUUACAAGUCACUUCCUUCAGAGGCUAGACGAGGCUCCUCUUUAGAAUUUGGAGAACACGUAAAUGGAACAGGCUAGCAAGUGCACGUUGUGGCGUCAUUACGUCACUAAAAAUGUUUGCUUUCGGUGAUGCGCAUAUAGGAUUGAGGGUGAUUUUAGAGCGGGAAGGAUACACAUAUGGAUCCUUUCCUGUGUAUGGGAUAUUUUUCGAACGAAGGACUCCUUGGUUGCAUUUCCGAGGAUCUUCGACAUUGAGAAACAGCCAGAGAGAUCGGAAGGUUGCCCCUCUGGGAGAACCAAUGAGAAUGAAGCAGUGGAGUUCACGUAAUCUUUCUCUCAUCAGUCAUUGGAGUGGACGUUACUGGAGUAGGGCGGCAGUGGUUCAUGUAGGUUGUCUACAAAUUGGAAGGUUUGUGGUUCAAUCCCCGGUUCCACCUGACCAAGUGUCGAGGUGUCCUUAAGCAAGACACCUAACCCCAGCUGCUCCUGAUGAGCUGGAUGGGGCCUUGCAUGCCUAACACUGCCGUCGGUGUAUGAAUGUGUGAGUGAAUGGGUGAAUGUGAGGCAACAUGUAAAGCGCUUCGGAUGGCCAUAGGUCUAUGACGGCCCUAUAUAAAUGCAGUCCAUUUACCAUUUUUUACUCAUUUGUUUAGGACAACCAGAUAUAAAAACGACUCUUUUGAAACAGACGAGUGACACACAGCGACAAAGUUGCUUAUAAUUUGAAUAUACCUUUAUUCCCAACAGCAAAGCGGUGUCACGUCACAAAAGUGCAGACUUGAAGCAAGGCCGGAGUAAUUAGGUUGCCAUUUGGGACGGGGCCAAAAAUCUAGCUGGAAUUAGAAGGUCAUCCGGGUAGUUUUCACCUAUUGUUGUACUAUAAAUUCGGAUUUACUACUUGAUUUUUGAAUACUAUAUAGUGUGGGAGUAGGUGAUUUUGGAUGCAUCAAUUACACAUUUGUUGGAGCUUAAAUUUAGACCCAAUUACAAGCCUCAUUAUUAAAUGACUUUGUGAGAUAUUCUCAGUACAUGAUCCUCAAUAACCAAACCAUAUCAUACCACACAAAUUCAUGACCUUUCCUACUCUGCACCAUGUUACUGGAAAUUAAAUGUCACUAUGCGGGUGUAUCUAAGAGUUGUUGCCAUGGAGACAGAAAGCCAUGAUAAAUGAGCACAAAUCUGCUGAUUCAGUACUAUCCUGCGCUUUAAUUUUCACAUUUAUACAUUUUUUCCCACCUUCAUCACUUCAGAUUUUUUGAAUAUAUAGUCUGAAACAACAGUUUCCUGCAGACAGAGAGGGUGGGAUUUUUUAUCUAUCAUUAACAUAAACAAAAGAAUGUGAAGUUUAUUGUUUUUUGUAUCAUGACAUUAUUGACGGACAGGCAAAGUAUGGCCUGGAUUCAUGACGUGUAACGUUGUCAUCAUCUUCAUCUAAAGGUAAAAACAUACACCUUAGACCAAAGUCAUUUUGCUCUUAAAAUACACUACACGAUAAUAUGGAUGAACUUUAGUAUCAUUGAGCUGCUGUGCAUGAGAUGCUGUAGGUCUUUAUGAAGAUCUCAGCUUGUUCAUCAUCAUUCACACUGAUUGUCUUUUCCUGACCGAGUUAUCUUUCCGUUUUAUUUUUGCCCUGAUACAGAAUGAACAUUUAGAUUAUGAGUGACCCAUAGAAAUGUUUUUUUUUUAUAAUUUUUUUAAUGCAAAGAUAUAAGUUCGUAAAACUCUGUAAGACUUUGAACUCGUCCGCCCUGGAGUUUACUGCUAUCGGGGUAAGAAAACAAAUUCCUCUGUAAACAAUCACCUUAACUUCUGCACUUAAUACAAUGCAACAAUUUAUGGAUUUAUGAAACAUUUGCUUCCUUCAAAUGUUUUGUCUGAGAUCUGAUGUAAAAAAUUGUCAUCAUUGUCGUAAUAAAGCAAUAAGUUAAUCCUGGUUGGGGUUGUUACCCCUUACCUGUGGUAAAAUCAGUGUAACAGAUGGCUCCAGUGCAUUAUUGCUUCAAGAUAACAGUGGCUCCAGAUAUGCAUUACUGUGAUUUGGAGAACUUAUAUAAAACAUUGUGGCAACAGGCCGGCAUUCAUUCGCCAUUUAAAAACGCAUAAAGCGCAACUCAUCCAGUCAGAAUGAUUCAUUAUAUAACCAGAACUGUUUCUAUGUGCAUUACUACAGAGAGCUUUGUAAAAGGCAUGGGAUUAUUUGCGUCUGUAAUGCUCUUUCAUGUUCACUUUGCAUGUGACACGGCAGCAGAUGAUUGGCUGCUUUUACACCUGCAGCAUGAGCUGAAUAUAGAGCACAUCAAAUAUUUUCAUGCUGAGCAACACUGAACACAUCAGCAAUGAGUCAAAGAUUCAUCUGGACAAUCACUUACUGCUAAACAUCCUUAAUAAUAUUUCUUAUGUCCUCUGAACAUCUUUAAAAACACUAAAUAUACCCACAAGGUCAAUUUGUAAUAAUUUAUAAGUCAAUGUAGUUGUUCAAGAUUAUUUUCAUUCUCACUAUGAGCUGCACAGUUAACGUCAGUUAUUUGCUGGUGUGACUUGAAGAAAAGGGUUUUAACAAAUGGAUGGUUCAAUGUAAAUGGAAGUUUGAUUCCUUGUGAUAUGAAC